CGCUUCAUCUGACUGACAGCCGCAGGGUCGCUGUGAUUGGCUGAGCUCGGCUUCAGCCAACCCACCGCUGACUUCAGGGACUCUCUCUGACUCGGCUUCCUUCCUCGCUGUGAGUCUGGGACCUGUCCCCGGAGCUGAUCGGAGCAGAGACGGAGCGCGCGCCAUGGCAGCUACGCACAGCAGCGAGUACCGAGCCUACCUGCGGAACACGGUGGACAUCGAGGCGGCGCAGCCGCGCUUCCCGCCGGUUCCGAGCUCGGAGCCCACAUACCGAUCGCUGCUUAUCGGGACCCUGGCUGUUAUGGGACUGCUGCAGGUGGCCUCCAGCGUCGCGAUCUUAUUGCACCUGACCGGUUACCUGCAAGAGGUAGAUCUGUCCCCAACUCCUCAUCAUCCAAUGGAGGAGAUGCAGACUGAACCUGUGCUUAAUGCCCUGAAAGACCCGAGGAAAAAAGGGCGGUGCAAACCUCCCAAAGACGCAAUGUCCCCAUCGGCCCAUCUACCAAUCAGAGCCCACCAGGAAUUCCCUAAAAAGGUUUCCAGCAUGGUUAACAUCGAGUGGGAUCAGCAGCAUGGGAACCUUCACAAGAUGAGCUAUCAGGAUGGAAACCUGCUGGUGUUGGAAUCAGGCCUGUACUACGUUUACGCCAAGACCUGCUUCCGCUAUUACAACAUCCAGGAUGAGGGCCGCGAGGCCCGGACGCACGCGCCGGACGUCAGCAACGCCCAGCUCAUCCAGUACGUCAAACACAAGAGCAUCAAACAGAACAACAGGAACGUGCUGCUGAUGAAGACGGGCAGCACCAAGCAGUGGAACAACAUGAGUUAUAACAUGUACUGCGCCCAGCAGAGCCGCGUGGUUCGCCUGGUUGAGGGAGACGCCUUGUUUGUCGAAGUGUCGAAUGCUUGGAUGCUGGACCAGGAGGCAGAAGGGACGUAUUUUGGGGCCAUAAAGUGGGGUAACUGAAACUCUGUCACAGGUGGAGCAAACAUGCUACUGAACAUUUUUUCUAUCUGAUGGAACCACUUUAAAGGACGUUGAAUUCUUAAACCGAUGAUUUUGUUCUUUUUUUUUAACUCUGCACGUGUGUUUUGGUUUUAUGUCACACUGACCUUCAUCAAAGAGCUUUGGAGUCUUCCAUCAGGCCAACUAACAGAGGGAGCUAACCACCUGUUGCCUGAAAGCGUACCUGCUCACUUUCCCACAGAGAUUCUGAUUAACCAGAAAUAGCACUGGAGUGUUUGUGAUUUUUAUGCGAAUCCAGUCUGGUUCAGAUGGUUCACACCUGCAGGGUAACCAGUCGGUGUGCGUAUACACUAGUAAUACACAGACAUGAGGGAAGGAGUGAGACGGCGAGGACGGAUUAAUCGGCGUUUAGAGUUAGGAAAGAAAAACACUGAGAGCGCGCACCUGCUCACGAUCAGAGAGUCAUUAGACGA